UCACUUGACGAAGCAUUGUCAGGGCACUGUGAGAAAGCACCAGGAAGACAAACAGUGAUAUAUUCAAGAACGGAUACACAAAAAUUUAAAUUCUAAGAAGCAGUAAAAAGAAACUCGGAAAAUGAAGAUUCGACUCUUUCCUAACCUAGCAACUGAAUGCUCCCUGUGGCUCUUGUUAAAAGAGGGAAGAGAAUCCCGGAAAUUGGUUUUACUGGUUGUGUUUGUGGCUCUGCUAGUAGACAAUAUGCUUUUCACAGUUGUGGUGCCAAUCAUCCCUUCAUUUCUAUAUGACACACAUCAAAUUGUCAGCCACUCUGCAAUUCGGGCCACACUUCCAAGGGUUCCUGUGCCUUUCUCAGCUGAUCCCUCUACUUUGGGCUUGUUGGACUAUGACAACAUCACAAUGACAGUCUCAAGCUAUGAUACUCUUGCCAGUGCCAAUGGGAGCCAAGAAGGAACAGUUGCCUCCCCUUUCCCCAUGGAUGCUUUGAACCAUAGUUGUACAGAUGGAACGGACUCUCUUUCAAAUGAAAAUGUUCGCGUUGGGCUGCUCUUUGCCUCAAAAGCUUUAAUGCAACUCAUAGCAAAUCCCUUUGUGGGACCCUUGACCAACAGGAUAGGAUACCAUAUCCCCAUGUUUCUUGGAUUUGUUAUUAUGUUCGUCUCUACACUAUUUUUUGCUUUUUCAAGGAGUUACACCUUGAUGUUCAUCGCUCGAGCGCUGCAAGGCUUUGGUUCUUCCUGCUCAUCUGUUGCAGGUCUGGGGAUGCUUGCAAGUGUGUACCCCGAUGACUGUGAGAGGGGAAAUGCAAUGGGAAUAGCAUUGGGAGGUCUGGCUUUGGGAGUGCUGAUGGGAGCCCCAUUUGGAGGUGUGAUGUAUGUGUUUGUUGGGAAAUCAUCUCCUUUUCUGAUCCUGGCAGUCUUGGCUCUCUUAGAUGGAGCUUUGCAGCUUUGUAUCCUGCAUCCAACAAAGAUUUCACCCGAGAGUAUCAAAGGAGCCUCCUUGUUGACCUUGUUGUGGGAUCCCUACAUUUUGAUUGCAGCAG